AUGUUAUUAACCCACCAGGCAAGAAACACCAUUCCGGACGAUGACCUGAAAUUUCCAACUACACAGCUAUUCUUCCUAGCAAUAUGUCGAGUCGCCGAGCCCAUAGCGGUUACGUCGCCGCUGAUCUUCGCCUUCGCGAUGGUCAAAGAUUUCAACAUGGGUGAAGGCAACGACGCAUCAUUCUACGCUGGAAUCCUCGUUGCGACAUUCUCUUUGGUUGAAGCCUUCACAGGGAUGUUUUGGGGGGCUCUUUCCGAUCGAAUUGGGAGAAAGCCGGUGGUUGUAUCGGGAUUAGCCGGGACAAUCGUCUCCCUUCUAAUUGUUGGUUUUGCUCGCACUUACUGGGUCGCUCUCUUUGGCCGAGGACUUGGCGGCCUUUUGAAUGGGAACAUAGGUGUUAUCCAGACUAUGGUGGGCGAGAUAGUCAAGCGGCCCGAGCAUGAACCCCGAGCUUACGCCGUGAUGCCAUUUGUUUGGUCUAUCGGCACCAUCAUUGGACCUGCCAUCGGUGGACUGCUUGCGAAACCCGCUGAUAGCUAUCCCUCUGUCUUUCCUCGCGAUGGACUCUUUGGCAGAUUUCCAUAUCUUCUACCGAACGUCGUUUGCUCUAUCUUACUUCUCUGCAGUAUUAUCUUCGCGUUUCUAUUCCUUCAAGAGACUCAUCCCGACAUGCAACCGGUGUCGAGUGGUUCAGGAGAAUACGAUAAUGUGUCAACAGAACAUCCUCUUCUUGCAACCUCCGGGGCAACAGCCAAUCCAGGUGCCGAUCUGCGAGCCGAAUCGUAUGGCACCUUCAACCAAGUCCAGUUACAUGAAGACGAAUCAUGGAGGGUCUAUGAGAACGGAUCUAAACCAGAGCCAGGUUCGCAAAAGCAAACCACUUUCACCCGGCCGGUUGUCAUGCUUAUUAUCGCUCUGGCGAUCUUCACUUACCACUCGAUGACCUACGAUCACCUGCUACCGAUUUUCCUUCAAGACCAACGCGGCGACCCCAGUCUGGAUGGCUCUGCCCUCACCUUCCCUGGUGGGCUUGGUCUUUCAACCAGGACUGUCGGUCUGAUUGUUUCUUCCGACGGCAUUAUUGCGCUUAUCAUCCAAAGCCUUAUUUUUCCUGCUUUGGCGCAGCAUCUUGGAGUCUGGAAACUGUUCAUUAUUGUCACCAUCCUCCAUCCGGUGGCCUAUCUUAUGGUCCCAUUCCUCGUAUUUUUGCCUUACGGGCAAGUUCUGUUUGGCAUCUAUACCUGUCUGGUCACACGGAACGUUUUGUCGAUCAUAGACUUCCCUGUUCUUUUAAUACUAAUAAAACAAGCGAGUCCUUCGGAUUCAUGCCUUGGAAAGAUCAAUGGCCUUGCUGCAUCCGCUGGCGCUGCCGCGCGCACGGUUGCACCCCCCGUUGCAGGAUAUCUGUACAGCACUGGGGCAGAACACAAUUUCACUGCAAUCGCAUGGUGGGGGAGUGCUUUAGUAGCAGUUAUUGGAGCUUUACAACUCUGGUUCAUGACUCAAAAGAAACACUCAUCAGUCUCAAUCCAACCGGCUGCUCGCUGUCACUUUGUGUCUGAUGAACCUCAGGACCCCAAGGAGACUAUUCAUAUAAUUGUGACUGACACUGACGAGGUCGCGAAACGUGCUUAG